AUGCCUUACUCAAAGAUAGACAUCGACAAGGAAGAAGCUGAUUUCCAAGCAGAAAUCCGCGAAAUUGAAGAAUGGUGGUCUCAGCCUCGCUGGAAACAGACCAAAAGAAUUUACACAGCAGCUGAAAUUGCCAAGCGUCGUUCUUCUAUUCGUGCUCCAUACCUGUCUAACCAGCUAGCCCAGAAAGCAUUUGCCCAGUUCGAGAAGAGAGAUGCAGAUAAGUCGGUCUCAUUCACAUUCGGAGCACUUGAUCCUGUCCAAGUUGCGCAGAUGGCCAAAUAUUUGGAUACAGUUUAUGUGAGUGGAUGGCAAUGUUCUUCCACAGCCUCCACAUCCAACGAACCAUCACCGGAUCUUGCUGACUACCCCAUGGACACCGUCCCCAAUAAGGUAGAACAUCUGUUUUUUGCGCAGUUGUUUCAUGAUCGCAAACAGCGCGAAGAAAGACUUUCACUUCCUGUUGCCGAGCGCGCAAAACUGAACUAUAUUGACUUCCUCAGACCCAUCAUUGCUGACGCAGACACUGGCCAUGGUGGUAUCACAGCUAUCAUCAAACUCACCAAGAUGUUCAUUGAAAGGGGAGCUGCGGGAAUCCAUAUCGAGGACCAGGCUCCUGGAACCAAGAAAUGUGGUCACAUGGCUGGAAAAGUGCUGGUGCCAGUUCAGGAACACAUUAACCGUUUGAUAGCGAUUCGUACCAGUGCAGACAUCUUCGGGUCGGACUUGCUCUGUGUUGCCCGGACUGAUUCUGAGGCUGCGACUCUGCUGACAUCUACCAUCGAUCCUAGAGAUCAUUACUUCAUUAUUGGUGCUACAAAGGAUGUUACUCCUUUGGCAGAAACCAUGGCUCUAGCCGAGUUGCACGGUGCUUCUGGUGCGGCCUUAGCUAAGGUUGAAACUGACUGGAUCGAAUCUGCAGGACUAAAGCUUUUCCACGAGGCAGUGGCAGAUGCCAUCGAGGCUAGUGAUUUUACGGCCAGUGAAAAAGCUGCUGGACUCGAGAAGUUCAACUCCAAGGUUGGUCCUCUGACGUUGACUCCUAACCGUGAAGCUCGCGAAUUAGCCCGUGAAAUUUUGGGCAAGGACAUCUUCUUUGACUGGGACUCUCCCCGUGUUAGGGAGGGCUUCUAUCGUUACAAGGGUGGAACCCAAUGCGCUGUGAUGAGAGCCCGUUCAUACGCGCCAUACGCUGAUUUGAUCUGGAUGGAGUCCAAAUUGCCUAUCUACGAACAAGCCCGUGAGUUCGCAGAAGGCGUCAAAGCGCAAUUUCCAGACAAAUGGUUGGCGUACAACUUGUCGCCUUCUUUCAACUGGAAUGCUGCCAUGUCGCCCAAGGAACAGGAGACAUACAUCUCUAGAUUAGGCCAAUUAGGAUACGUUUGGCAAUUCAUCACCCUUGCAGGACUUCACACGAACGCCCUUGCCAUUGACGAAUUUGCCAAGAACUAUGUUGAGAUCGGAAUGCGUGCUUAUGGCCAGACGGUCCAGGCUCCUGAGAUUGAAAAGGGGGUUGAGGUUGUGAAGCACCAAAAGUGGUCCGGAGCUGAGUACAUUGAUGGUAUUUUGAAGUUAGUCACUGGCGGUGUUUCUUCUACAGCAGCUAUGGGUGCAGGUGUUACAGAGGACCAAUUCAAGGGGAAAUAG